UUUGCUCAUUCACUUGACUCUCUCAUUUCCAAACGGUCACAGCCCCAACUUCAGCCUGGCAGGACCUUAUCUCCGUCACCCGUUGUAGAAGACGAGGAGAUGGCGAUAAAGUGAGUUACUGCAUGUAUGAUUAUUGGGCCUUUACACAUUUCAGCAGACAACAUCACAGCAGCCAUGUGGAAAACACCAGGGAGUUUUUCACUCACUGGUAGAUUUUGUUGCUUUCCCAAGGAUCCACUGGACGAUGUUGAGACUUGGAGCGAAUCCGUGGAUAAAGUCCUCAGUUGCAAAGCCGGACAGAUAGCUUUCCGGGAGUUCCUGAAGUCCGAGUACAGCGAGGAGAACAUACUGUUUUGGCUCGCCUGUGAGGACUACAAGAAAAUCAAGACGGUCCCAGAAAUGAUCUCGUCCGCCAACAGGAUCUACUCAGAGUUUGUCGAAACAGAAGCACCCAGACAGAUCAACAUCGACUGCACUACCAGAGAAAACAUCACAAAGAACAUCUCCCAGCCAACCCUGACUUCCUUUGACACGGCACAAAAGCUCGUCUACAGCCUGAUGGCCAGGGAUUGCUACCCGCGCUUCCUAAAAUCUGACAUCUAUCAGGGACUCCUGAGGAAAGCUGACUCAAGGUGACUGAAUUCAAAAGGAAAGGCCCUGUGAAAAUCUCCUGUUGGGCUCUGAUCUGCUGUAGCUCUCUAUGAUGCCGUGUGGAUAACAGGUUUAUACCAUACCAUCCCCAUCCUGAGCGUAGGACCUGUAGUUUUUUUUUUUCUCCUCAGCCUGUGUGAUCGUGUAGUGAGUUACAGCUCAAGAAAAUCUAUUUCUUUAAUUAUUUUAAGACAAAGUAAACCCUUUAGGAGACUGUGCACAUUCAUCUUCCACAGUUAUCUAUUGCUCUAGUCUAAGAAUAUACAGAAUCAUGUUCCUUAAUGUAAAGUAUUAUCACAACUUUGAUAAUGCAGAUAGAAAUGCUAAUUUGUUCUUCAGGUUUUUAUCUCCAUUUUAAUACGCAAACAAAUAUUCACAUCUCUCAGCUUUACCCUCUUUCCAAAGUGCCCUUACCUGUUUGCAUUGCAGUUUUAAAACAUCUUACGAACUAAAUAUAUUCAGCUUGGGUGUGGUCCUUUUGAGUGCAAUUCAAAUUAAUGUUGAUACUGUCUACAGGGAACAUAAUGGUCACCAGUCAUUCAAACACCAGGUGGCAGUAGAGGUUUUAAAAUGAGAAAUGGCGCCCCACUUCCGCUAUGGAAGUCCAAAAGUGUCACGUUUGAGAUUUAUUUAGAUUUAUUUUGUUACAUAAAUAUUUGCACGCUUUAAUUUAAAAAUAAAGGACAAUUCCCACUUUGAAGUAAAUUAAUAAAAUGAUCUCCAUUUCUAUGUUCUGAUUUAUUUAAUGCAUAAAUGAAUGUGUACUAAUUCAGCGACAUCUGGAUACAUUGUAUUUCUAAAUUAUAAAAUUAUUUAUUAUUUACUUUAUUUCAUCAUAUCAUUACCUUGUGUUUUUUUUUACCUGUAAGUCCUGUCCAUCAGUGUCAGUGAGUGGUGCAAACACUGCUGAAGGUGUGCCAUGAUUGGACUGCAGUUAUGUUGUUGUGAAGGUUAACCAUUCCAGAGCUUUAGUUGAUGAACACAGGAAAAUAUGAGAUAAAU